UGGAAGGAGGACUAGUCUAAUCCACUGCCCUGCCGUUAAACAAGUACUUGAAGAGCGAAUGAAGCUCCCGGCGUGGCUCACCGCCGUGCCGCCGGACCCUCGGGCGUACGGCCACCUCAUCCAGCUCUGCGCGGACACCGGACACCUCGCUGCUGGCCGCCAGCUCCACGCUCGCCUCGUCGCUUCCUCCGUUACCCCGUCCAACUUCCUCGCUUCCAAGCUCAUUUCCCUAUACUCCCGCGGAGCCCACCUUGACGACGCACGCAGGGUGUUCGACGCCAUCCCGCGGCCCAGCGUCUUCGCCUGGAACGCCAUCCUCAUCGCACUCUCGCUUCACUCGGCCGAUCCCUCCGACGCGGCCCGCCUCUUCGCCGCCUCCGGCAUCUCUCCUGACGAGAUCACGCUCUCCGCGCUCCUCAAGUCGCUCGCCGACUCCGGACCGAGGUUGUCCGCACUCGUCGCGGAGGUCCACGCCGUCGCGGUCCAGCGCGGCUUUGGGGACGACCUGUUCGUGUCCAAUGGUCUCAUCACCGCGUACGCGAACGCCGGAGAUUCACGCUCCGCUCGCGCGGUAUUUGACGAAAUGCCGCGGCGAGACGUGGUGUCCUGGAACUCGCUGAUAUCGUCUUACGCUCGCGCAGGGUGGUACCGGCAGUGCCUAGAGCUGUUUCAGGAGUUAGCGAGCGUUCAUGGUGCUGGUGGUGUUAGACCCAACAACGUCACCGUGGCUAGCGUAUUGCAUGCUUGUGCACAACUCAAGGCUGUCGACUUUGGGGUAAGAGUGCACCGCCUUGCUGCCGAGAAUGGGCUUGAUUCGGACAUUGCGGUGUGGAACUCAGCAGUUGGAUUUUAUGCCAAAUGUGGAAGGCUCAAGUAUGCAAGAGAGUUGUUUGAUGGGAUGGCUAAGAAAGAUGCAGUCAGUUACAGUACCAUGAUUGCUGGUUACAUGAACCAUGGGCAUGUCGACAUGGGACUGGAGCUUUUCCAGCGAGCAGAUGUUCAAGGUAUCAGCAUUUGGAACGCAGUGAUUGCUGGAUUGAUUCAACAUGGUCGCCAGUCCGAUGUGCUUGGACUACUGAAUGAGAUGAUUGGUUCUGGAAUGCUACCGAAUUCAGCCACACUUUCAAUCCUCAUUCCUUCAGUUCAUUUGUUCUCCACCCUACUGGGAGUGAAACAAGCACAUGGGUAUGCGAUCAGAAACAACUAUGAUCAGAGUAUCGGUGUUGUGACUGCAUUGAUUGAUGCUUACUCAAAGGCUGGAUUUCUUGAUGGGUCUCGGAGGGUCUUUAAACUGACUGAUGAUAGAAGUGAAAUUGUAUGGACAUCAAUCAUAUCUGCCGUUGCGGCUCAUGGAGAAGCUGCAGAGGCAUUGCAUCUGUUCAAUGAGAUGGUCAAUGCUGGCAUCAGACUGGAUACUAUAGCCUUCACUGCUGUGCUUACAGCUUGUGCUCAUACUGGCAAGGUUGCUGAUGCUCGUAAAAUUUUUAACUCCAUGCAGGCUAUGUUUGGUAUCAAUCCAGUGAUGGAGCAAUAUGCCUGCAUGGUUUCUGCAUUCAGCCGUGCAGGGAUGCUAAAUGAUGCACUUGAGCUUGUCAACAGUAUGCCAUUUGAACCAAAUGCAAUGGUCUGGGGUCCAUUGCUUAAUGGAGCAGCAGAAUUUUGUAAUGUGGAGCUUGGUAGAUUUGUAUUCGAUCAACUAUUUAAAAUUGAGCCUAAGAACACCGGUAAUUACAUUGUGAUGGCUAAUUUGUACUCAAAUGCUGGCAAAUGGGAAGAAGCUGAUAUCAUAAGGAGGAGGAUGUGGGGAGUUGGGCUCGAGAAGGUUCCUGGGUGUAGUUGGAAUUGAGGGUUUUCAAUGGUCUGCAUGCUUUGUUGCUGCAUAUACAUCAAGCAAGCAAGCCGCGAAAACUAUGUUGUUGUUGGUUGUAGAAAAUAGUUUGUCCUCAACCACUGCUAGGCGAAGACAAGUUAUAUUGAUGGACUUUAAAAGAUCUAAUAGUUGAGAUGUGAUUAUCGUGCUUAAGAGCACAUCUGACUUUUAGAGCUGUUUGGACCACAUAAGAAUUCAAACCAAUGAGAGCAACAUUCCAGUCGUAUUGAUUUGAUUGAUUAACUAAUCUAGGCCCAAUACAAAUAAAAAUUCAAACCAAUGAGAGCCACAUUUCGUGAUCUUCUUAUCUUUGCAAGGUGAUAGGUACAGAAACAACAGGAGAUUCCGCAAAUGUAAAAACUUUAGAAGCAGUAUCAAUCCAAUUUGGAUUUUCACGAUCGGAAGGCAUCAGCUAUAUCCAAAUCCUGGAUGGAACACCAAACAAGCUAUGUGCAGAAUGUUAUUCGGUGCAUCAACAGAAGUUGCUCUAGUGCCAGAUGCGACAAAGUUUCUAAUUCACAAUGCUAAUCUGCUGUUUUCAAUAUCUACAUUAUAGAAACACCAUUUGUGUAACGAUGUAGAAUACGAUGCGUUUUUCUACAGUCUAUCAUGUGCUUUUCUGAAGAUUUGUUCUCUCUCAUCAAAUGCACACACUGUUCUGGUAUUAGAAUCAGAACUGCAUGGAGCUAGCACAACAAGAUGUGUCUUUUAGUGCCCUUGUGUGUCUGGAUCAUGGUUCACAUGCUUAGAUCAUUCUACUUCACUACUUCCCAACUCAUGAACUCCAAAGUGGAAAAGCAGGUUCACAUGCUCAUCGCAGGCUGCGCAGUCGCGCAGAUGUGGUAAUAUGAUAAUGUAAGGUGGCGUCUUUGAUGAGACAAUGUGAAUCAUUCUGGUGGUCCAGCUCGCUCUGUAGUCUUGGAGUUCAAGUGGAGCUAAGGUGAUCGGUGGCGGUGGCAUGCGGACGGUGGAGUGCCUGAGGGGAAGGCUUCUCGCGGAGCGGGUGGCAUCCAAGGCUGCAAAGGAGGAUGCCGACCAACUGACCAAAAGGCUGGACGAGCUAGAGAAGAAGCUCGCCGGCGAGGUCAGGGUGAGGAACAGGGCGGAGAGGAGGCUCAGGAGGGCCAUCAAGAAGCUGGAGUCCCUCAAGAUCCUGGACGUCGAGCUCUCGGAAGGCUCCAUUGGGUCGCUGUCCUCCAACGGCCGUUCGGAUCACCAGGCGCCGGAGGCCGAGGAGAGGAACGGCCCUGGCUCGUUGACCACUCGUGGGUCUGUGCUGGCAUCCGGUCCUUCCGGAGACCCCGACGCCGACGCCGACAGGGAAUCGUCAGAGGGAUCAUGCACCCAGGUGAAUUCGUCCUCCCGGGACGGGAGCUGGUGCUCCGUUGCGUCAGAGCAAUCCCGGCCUGGUUCUUGCAUGGAUCUUGCCGGAAACACCACCAACUGCGGCUCAGAGGGGAGUUGCGGUGACCAUGAUUCAGAGAGGGAACACCUUGAUGCAUCCAGUGGCUGUGGCUCAGCAAAAUCGGAAGAAGCGUUCUACGAAAGCGACGACAGGCUAGCGCUAUCGCGGGGUCUCGUUGAACCACCACCAGCAGCUGCAGGCGAAGGUCCAAGAACGCAGGAUAACGACACGCAUGCAGGAGAGGUCCGUGCCAUGGAUCACGAGGAAGAAGAGGAGACCAACAAGCUUGCGAUCGUUCUAGCCGACCCCCAGCCACAGUCGCAAGGCGACGUGUAGUCCGUUCUCCUGGCGCUGCGGCGGGUGAAGGAGCAGCUGCGCUACACCAUGAACCAGGAACUCGCCGCGCCAACCAGGAGCUCUACGCCCACCGAGCGAGCGUGCCACACUAGGAAACCGUGUGGCUCACUUCUACUACGGUGUCCAACAUUCGGUUCCGUGAAUUAUUCGUAGUGCUGUUUAGGGGAGUGGAGUAUCUGUACAGAAUGGAAUAAGGUCGCUCAUGUGGAUGUGGAGUCACUAUUUUAUUAAAAAGAUUGAAUCUCUAGGUGCUUUGCUUGCUUCUG